AUGUCCGACAGAGCCAAAGAAAUAAGCUCCUUAGCUAAAGAGUUAAAGACUCAUUUGAAGCAAUUCCCCAAUUUUCCCAAAGAAGGUAUUCUUUUCGAAGAUUUUUUACCGAUUUUUGCCACACCCGAUUUGUUCAACAAAUUGAUUACUGCAUUCAAAUUGCACGUGGGACACAAAAAAGUCGACUACGUUAUUGGGUUAGAAAGUAGAGGGUUUUUGUUUGGUCCAACAUUGGCGUUAGCUUUGAACGCUGGAUUUGUUCCUGUGAGAAAGCCAGGUAAGUUGCCCGGCCCAACUUAUCAAGUGGAAUUUCAAAAGGAGUAUGGUUCAGAUGUGUUUGAACUUCAAGAAGGCGUAAUUCCAAAAGGCGCCAAGGUUUUGAUCGUUGAUGAUAUUUUGGCAACGGGAGGAUCAGCCUACGGUGCUGGUGAGUUAGCUCUCAAAGCCGGCGCUGACAUUGUGGAGUUUUUAUUCGUUAUGGAGUUGGAUUUUUUGAAGGGAAGAGAUAGGUUGCAUGCUCCAGUAUUUACAUUAUUCGGAGGACAAGAGGAGAAGUAUAAAGACUCAUAG